GGAGGAGGAGGAGGAGAGGGAGCCCAACGACCAUUUAAAGCGAUAGCAAUCCCUGCCCUCUCCCCAGUGCUUGGCUGUUGGAGAGCGCGAGCGGCAAGCCAGGGAGCGGGGAGCGCAAGCUAGUGCGCGGGCCAGCGAAGCCACAGUGCCAGGUGCCAAAGAUUGGCUGACGCCCUGGGACCCCCCCCCCUCCCGCUGCACCUUCUCGGUCUCCUCCACCCACUGUGCCUACAGAAGUCCCCGGGGCUUCCCCGAAAGGAGCUCACCUCAAGAAGCCCGGACCUGGGUGAGCCCACCAGCAUCCCCUCCAGCGCCGCCGCCGCUACAGCAGCAGCAUCGGGAGCGGCAUGGUCCAGCUGGGGAAGCUGCUCCGCGUCCUGACUUUGAUGAAGUUCCCCUGCUGCGUGCUGGAGGUGCUCCUGUGCGUGCUGGCGGCGGCGGCGCGGGGCCAGGAGAUGUACGCCCCGCACUCGAUCCGGAUCGAGGGGGACGUCACCCUUGGGGGGCUGUUCCCAGUGCACGCCAAGGGUCCCAGCGGAGUGCCCUGCGGCGACAUCAAGAGGGAGAAUGGGAUCCACAGGCUGGAAGCUAUGCUUUAUGCCCUGGACCAGAUCAACAGCGAUCCCAACCUGCUGCCCAACGUAACGUUAGGCGCGCGGAUCCUGGACACUUGUUCCAGGGACACUUAUGCGCUCGAACAGUCUCUCACUUUCGUCCAGGCGCUUAUCCAGAAGGACACCUCCGACGUGCGUUGCACCAAUGGAGAGCCCCCGGUUUUCGUCAAGCCAGAGAAAGUAGUUGGAGUGAUUGGGGCUUCGGGGAGCUCCGUCUCCAUCAUGGUAGCCAACAUCUUGAGGCUUUUCCAGAUCCCUCAAAUUAGUUAUGCAUCCACCGCUCCUGAACUCAGUGAUGACCGUCGCUAUGACUUCUUCUCUCGAGUGGUCCCACCUGAUUCCUUCCAAGCCCAGGCCAUGGUAGACAUUGUAAAGGCCUUGGGCUGGAAUUAUGUAUCUACUCUUGCAUCUGAAGGAAGCUAUGGAGAGAAAGGUGUGGAGUCCUUCACACAAAUUUCCAAAGAAGCAGGUGGGCUCUGCAUUGCCCAGUCCGUGAGAAUUCCCCAAGAGCGCAAAGACAGGACCAUUGACUUUGAUAGAAUUAUCAAACAGCUCUUGGACACCCCCAACUCCAGGGCCGUCGUGAUUUUUGCCAACGAUGAGGAUAUAAAGAGAAUAUUGGCUUGUGCCAAAAGAAUUGACACAGUGGGCCAUGUGCUCCUGGUUAGAUCUUCGUUUUGGGGCAGUAAAGUGAAUCCUUCACACCAGUACGAGGACAUAUCUGGGCUACCUCUGACUUAUAUUCUUACACCAAAAUUUAUUACAAUAGAUGGAUUUGAUGCUUACUUCACAUCCCGGACACUUGAAAACAACAGGAGAAAUGUAUGGUUUGCUGAGUACUGGGAAGAAAACUUCAAUUGCAAACUGACAAUUAGUGGGUCCAAAAAAGAAGACACAGAUCGCAAAUGCACAGGACAGGAGCGAAUUGGAAAAGACUCCAAUUAUGAGCAGGAGGGUAAAGUACAGUUUGUGAUUGAUGCUGUCUAUGCCAUGGCACAUGCCCUUCAUCACAUGAAUAAGGAUCUGUGUGCUGACUACCGGGGAGUGUGCCCAGAGAUGGAGCAAGCAGGGGGCAAGAAGUUGUUGAAGUAUAUACGCAAUGUUAACUUCAAUGGUAGUGCUGGAACCCCAGUGAUGUUUAACAAAAAUGGGGAUGCUCCGGGGCGUUAUGACAUCUUCCAAUAUCAGACAACAAACACCACCAAUCCUGGUUAUCGUCUCAUUGGGCAGUGGACAGAUGAACUACAGCUCAAUAUAGAGGACAUGCAGUGGGGCAAAGGAGUCCGGGAGAUCCCACCCUCUGUGUGCACGUUGCCGUGCAAGCCUGGGCAGAGGAAGAAGACACAGAAGGGAACCCCUUGCUGCUGGACCUGUGAGCCUUGUGAUGGAUACCAGUAUCAAUUUGAUGAGAUGACAUGUCAGCAUUGUCCCUAUGACCAGAGGCCCAAUGAGAACCGAACUGGCUGUCAGAACAUACCAAUCAUCAAACUGGAGUGGCACUCCCCCUGGGCUGUCAUUCCUGUCUUCCUGGCAAUGUUGGGGAUCAUUGCCACCAUCUUUGUCAUGGCCACUUUCAUCCGCUACAAUGACACACCCAUUGUCAGAGCAUCUGGGCGGGAACUCAGCUAUGUUUUAUUGACAGGCAUCUUUCUCUGCUAUAUCAUCACCUUCCUCAUGAUUGCCAAACCAGAUGUGGCAGUGUGUUCUUUCCGACGUGUCUUCUUGGGCUUGGGCAUGUGUAUUAGUUAUGCAGCUCUUUUAACAAAAACCAAUCGGAUUUAUCGCAUAUUCGAGCAGGGCAAGAAAUCGGUGACAGCUCCCAGACUCAUAAGCCCAACAUCACAACUGGCAAUUACUUCCAGUUUAAUAUCGGUGCAACUUCUAGGUGUCUUCAUUUGGUUUGGGGUUGACCCACCCAACAUCAUCAUAGACUAUGAUGAGCAUAAGACUAUGAACCCAGAACAAGCCAGGGGAGUUCUCAAAUGUGACAUCACAGACCUUCAAAUCAUUUGUUCUUUGGGAUAUAGCAUUCUUCUCAUGGUCACAUGUACUGUGUAUGCCAUCAAGACUCGGGGUGUACCAGAGAAUUUUAAUGAAGCCAAGCCCAUUGGAUUCACUAUGUACACGACUUGUAUCGUAUGGCUUGCCUUCAUCCCAAUAUUUUUUGGCACAGCGCAAUCAGCAGAAAAGCUCUACAUACAAACCACCACGCUUACAAUCUCCAUGAACCUAAGUGCAUCAGUGGCGCUGGGGAUGCUAUACAUGCCGAAAGUGUACAUCAUCAUUUUCCACCCUGAACUCAAUGUCCAGAAACGGAAGCGAAGCUUCAAGGCCGUAGUCACAGCAGCCACCAUGUCUUCAAGGCUGUCACACAAACCUAGUGACAGGCCAAACGGUGAAGCAAAGACAGAACUCUGUGAAAACGUAGACCCAAACAACUGUAUACCACCAGUAAGAAAGAGUGUACAAAAGUCCGUAACUUGGUACACUAUCCCACCAACAGUAUAGCUUUUGACUGCUUUCCAAAAGGCCCUGCUGCAAAAAAGAAGUAUGUCAGUUAUAAUAACCUGGUUAUCUAACCAGUUCCAUCCUAUGGAACCACGGAGGAGGAAGACCUUCAGUUAUUCUGUCACCCAGCCUGGCAUAGGACUCUUUGUCCUGCCCGCUUCCUAUCUCUGGAAGAGCUUCUCCACCCGGGAGAGCAAUGUUAGAGGAUCCACACAUCCUGAACAGCUGCUUUAUGAGACAUCUUUAGUUUAUCUUGGCUUAAGAAGUCAUUGGCAUCAGCACUGCCAUCUUGGCUGCAAUUCUGGACUCCCUAAGCAAAGGGAGAGUUGAGACUCAAGUCCCACCGGGUUCUUUUGGAUGAACCGCUGAGAGCCUCAGGACUGUUUUUUUGGGGCUGACUUGUCUUUCUACGUAUGUACUUCCAGGCUGCAAGGUUUUGAAAUUUUCUGUACAGUUUGUGAGGACAUUUGCACUUUGCCACUAAAUGUCGUACCUCGGUUCACUGUUUGUUUUUGAAUGCCCUGUUUUCAUAGAAUCCUAUCCUCUCAGAUGGUGGAAUCUUCGGGAAAACUUUAAAAUAACUAAUUUUUAUUUUAAAAAAAUUUCAGCAGACAUAAGAGAACACAACCCCCCAUGCACAUCUGUAAAUGACUGUAUGGUUAUGAUUAUAGCACCACGAAAAAUCAUGUUAUUUUUUUUUUAAGACACACUCACAAAAAGAUACUUAAAGACCAAAAACUGUGCUGAGAAGAUAUGCCACAUCUAUCUUUGGUACAUGGUAGGUGUUGUGAUGGGAAAGGAAAGCAUUGGUUAAACAGAAUAGAGGUCUUGAUCUUUGGAAUGCAUGCUGGUAAUGUAUUUUACAGUACAUGUUAAUAAUUUCUGUUUAAUAUUUGUAUUUGUGUUCUCUUUUGUUAUUUUACUUAGGGUAUAUGGAUAUUUUGCAAUAAUUUUAAUGAUUCUUAAGCUAUUUGAAGGAAAGAAUAUGGAUUUCUCAUGUCUUGAGGUUUUGUUCAUGCCCCCCUAUGACUGACCAAUGUGAUAAGGACUUUAAAAAAGAAGCAUGUAUGUUUUUUACUGUUUGUAAGAAGUACUUUCGUUAAUCUUGCUGCUUAUGUGUCAAUUUAGUGGAAAAAAAAUCCCUUGCUGAAAAAAUAUUCCCUUUCCAUUCUCUUCCAGUUCUGUGGUAUUGUCCAAGAAUGUAUCAAUAAAAUACUUUGGUUAACUUU